CCUCGUCUCUGCCCCUCCUAGGCCCCUACCUCUCCCUUUUCAACGAACAGAAGGAAGUGCAGAGAGAUCGUCACUACGAAACCCUAACCCUAGCGUUUCUUCCGUCUUGAACAGACAUCGAUAACCCCGACCGAUGUCGAUUCCGCCGCCGUCCUCGGCCUCCUCUGCUUCGCAAUUCACCUACUCAGCUCCGUCGACGUCCUCGACCCAAACGAACAGUUCGUAUUUCCCUACGCCAUUUCAUCUCCAGCAGCAAUACGUUGUUGCGGCCCCGCCUGCCCCAGCCCCAGCCCCAGCCCCAGCUCCGCCUGCUGUUGGUUCCGUCUACACGGCCCCCGCUGGUCCCGUUUACUCUAUCCCCCAAUUCCAGCAGGCUCAGCAGCUGUUCCAGAGAGAUGCACAAACGAUUACGCCGGAAGCACUUGAAGGUGUGAAGGCUGCACUUGCAAGCAGCGAGAGUGAACACAAAGCGGAAACAAAGAAGAGAGCUGUUCCCCGGAAAGCUGCUGGUCAGUCUUGGGAAGAUCCCACUCUGGCAGAGUGGCCUGAGAAUGAUUAUAGGCUAUUUUGUGGCGAUCUGGGUAACGAGGUGAAUGAUGACGUUAUCUCAAAGGCAUUUUCCAGGUUCCCUUCCUUCAACAUGGCCAAGGUCGUGAGAGACAAGCGAACUGGGAAGACAAAGGGCUAUGGAUUUGUGAGCUUUUCUAAUCCUACAGACCUUGCUGCAGCUUUAAAGGAGAUGAAUGGUAAAUAUGUUGGCAAUCGUCCCAUCAAACUACGCAAAAGCAACUGGAAGGAGAGGACAGACUACGAUGCAUUAGGGAGACCCAAGAGCCACCAUCAGAAGAAGCCCAAGGCUCCAAAGAAGAGUGUACUGCACAAGUAAAAACAUUCUGCGUACCCAGCUGUUGAGUGUUUUGGUUUCGAUUCUGCUGGUUAUGUGCCCUCCUAUUGUACAAUUUGUGAAGCAACUUUUUGCUAAUUGCAACAAUGCAAGUAAAUAACGGGUAUAAGCUGCUCGUUCUCUAUUAGCAUUUGUUGAAAGUUGAUAAUGACGAGAAAUUAUAUUUUUCUGACAAAUGAAUUUUGGUAGUAGAUGGAUGUCACCCUAACUAAAUGUAAUGUAUCGCUGUACAUCAGCCAAACCAAAAUAAAAAGCCCGACAAGUAAAGGUAACAGGGGCAAUCAAUUUUAUUCUUUUGAGCAAAAACUUUAAAGAAGCAGAAGCAGGAGCAGAUCCUUGUACUUCUCUGUAUUUGCUUCACUAAUUAAACAUUUAAACUGCUCGAAAUGCUUAUUGUUAGACUCUUAAGUAGGCAAUUUGUACAUCAACCCAAUCAACAACCACAUCCCGUCCAUAUUUUCCCUCCUCUCCCACGAACACUUUGCACCAAACUCUCAUUCCAUUUUUCUUGAGCAGAUUCACAUCAGUUGAGCUUUUCAUCACUUAAUUUCAAGGUUAGUGCCUACAUGUUCAUUCUUGCUUGUGAGAAACUUGAGAUUUUUUGGGUUCCAAAGUAGGUUAGGGUUGAAGUGAGGAUGAGAUAGGUAAUGAGCGAAAUCUCAUUCUUUUAGGGGGGUGUGUGAAAGGGGCUCAUUCUUGCACUUCAUAAGCUUAUCUUGCAUACCCACCAGAUGUUUGAUGAAAUGCCCAGAGUAUGCGACUCGUUGCUCUUUUGGGGGCAACUCUUGUUGUUGCCAUAUGCUCUUACUGAGUAACUUUCGAGGCUAAUCUUCUUACUCAUUUGGGCAUUAUUAUUUUCCAAGUGCGGGGGUAUGGCUUGAGUAAGCUACUAUUGCCAAUUAUGGCUUAGCCCUAUAGCUGCAGUAUCUUGAUUUGUUAGCUAUCAUCUCAGGAUGGGGAAGUCCAAAGCUGUUCCAAAAUCGUCGACCAUCCAUUUCUUCAAUUUUCGAACAAGCUCAGAAGGCUUACAAUUUCUAUGUGAACCUUCUAUUGGGGGAGCAUUAUUAUGUUGAUUGGGCUAUGCUAGAGAGGCUUGGGGACAUAGGCUGGAUUGCUAUCCUGGAAGCAAUGGACCAAUCUUUGCCGAGACUACCCCCAGGUUUUCUCCAUUCCCCAUCUGGUCAAGCAUUACAUGAUGAGCAUGUUACCAUUAUAAAUAUGAAUCCAGCAAGACUAAGGAGUAAGGAGACAUCUCUUCAAUAUGAAUGGAUGAUGAUUCACAGCAUUCUAUCCCAUUUAGUUUUGCCCAAGGAAAAGAGCUCCGAAAAUUUCACCAAGAGGGAUGUGAAGAUGCACUACUCUAUGCCACUGAGCAUCGACUUCACCUGGGUUUGGUCGUCAUUAAGACAUUCACCGAGAAUGUAUACAACUCGACAUCAAGACCAUCUACGGGAGGCCUUAUAUCGCACGGUAAGGUCACUAUUUGGCAAUCGAUCAUGUUUCUAUCCGAUGCACAGCGAUAGGCACCACCAUCCCUCAAUCCUGCUCAACAAGUACCAGUAACCCAACCAUCUCUACAAAGCAACAUGUCAGUUGGAGCAGGGUCUUCUGCAGACUGCAGUCCCCUAUUCGACUCAUUGGAGAUUGUAACAAGUUAGAACGUUACUCUUAUAUCUCAGAAUGCUCAGCUCCUCUCCUCCUUUAGAGGACUUCAACUUCCGACUCAAUUGAGACAGGGAUGCCAGGAGGAAUCUUGUAGCCUCGAACUGUCCCUUGUUACUUCACUUGGGUAUCCACUACAAGACUGUGCAUCCACCCUUUGUACUAUCACCUCCUUCAGAUGGUGAUGAUCUCGACUAGGAAGGCAUAGAGGUCGAUAAAGAGGAGCAAAAUGA